AUGUCUGAGGAGCUUGGAUGUGUACAGAACCCAGAUGGAACACUCAAGGAUGCUAGUGAAAUUGUUUUCACUUAUUCUAGAGAAGCUUCCCCUGUCAAUCUCUCAGCUCUGCUUCCAGAUAUCCAUACUUCCACUGGUAUUCAUCCACAAACGAGUACAGUCAAUGAUGCAUCUCUACCAAAGGAUCCUGCCCAUAGCAAAGCACCAAAGUUGAAGCAUCAAAAGCUAUGCAGAGGCUGUCCAAUUGCUUUCAAAGCUCAAUGUGCUCUUUCAGACACUAUCCAUGACUUAGCAAGCUUAAGAUUGCAUCCAGAUGGGUCUCGAGUACAAGCCCAUUCAGGCUCUUCUAAACAUAGACAGAACGAUAUUUCUUCUGAAUCAAACAUCAAGGCACGUACAACUCGUCGGACUCGACAGACGACUCGUGAUAGACAAGAAAACUGGAUCGCACUUGAUGCCGGCGGUACGGCCUCAAUUAAACAGCGUCGAUGCGCCACCUUACCCAGGGAGAAACGGGCGGAGGAAAAUGCGGAAGGUCUAGUUGAAGAUAAGGCGGAUGAUGCGGAGGUCCAUGUGAGAUCCGUGGAGAACUCCGCAGGACGGCAGCUAAAUCGGCGAGCCCCAUUUCUCGAAGAGGAUACUGGCGCAAUCGACGGCGUGGAACCCGUGAAAGAUAGCAGGACUAAGAAGAGGAGGAAGUUUUAUCAUGACUUCUCUUUUCUCGAUCCACUGCGCACGAGCUCUCCUGAAUUUCUCAGUUCCGUAAGAGCGUCAAGUUCGCGUGCCACUUCUCCGUCUCAAAACGUCAUUGAAGGCGACCAGCCAUUAACCCGGUUAAAGCUCCCCGCCCCUUCAUCUGAUUUGCUCAAAUGCAUUCACUACUAUGCAAGCGAGUACUAUACUGCACGUGGCUGCUUGUUCGAUGCACCAGCAGAGUCACGGAGAGCAACAAAAGCACGCAAACAUGAGAAACUUAGAAAUGCCGUAGCAGAGGAUAGCGGACAAGUCGUCCUCGGAGAAAAUAUUUCACGACUCGAUUCUGAUGGCAGCGGUCAUCCGAGCGAUGGCAGCGACGACGACGCUGACAAAAGAUCGGAGAAGGACGGUGACGGGAAAGCGUCGAGACGCCAACCCGUCGGUUUGAAAAAGGGAAAGCGGCAGAAAUUGAAGGAAAUCCCACGACGAGACAUGUAUAAGGCCUUCGACGGAUCGGCGUUAAUGGCUAUAGGCAUGUUAUUGCAAGAACACGUUGCUGGGUUGACGAACGCGGAACCUCCAGAGGACUGGGUGCAGCACAGGGAAUCCCUGAAGGCGCUCGGGGUGAAUGAAAUCCGAGGAGGAAAGAGAACUCGGAAGAAACUGAAAGUUGAGGAAGACGGAACACAUGAGCGUGCGGGAAGUGAAGCGCGAGGGACACUGAACGGCUCUCAGCUAGCUGAAGAAGCUGGUGAAAUGAACGCCGCUGAUGGUAAUGAUCACAACCGAUCGGACAAUAGCCUCUCAGAAAGUAGCUCGAGCAAGGACUGA